CAGCGCGCGGCCUCGGGCGCGGCGCGGAGCAGAGCCGCAGGGCGGCGGCGGGAGCGCGGGGCGUUGGGUGCCUCGGCGCGGAACCCUGGGGAAGUUCGCGCUGGCAGCAUGGGGCGGUGACGCCCGCCGCUCUGCUUUACCCGCCGGCGGGGAGAGCGGGCGGCGGAGAAGCAGGAUGCGCCCUCGCCGACGGCUCGCCUGCUCCGGCCAGUGCAGGCACCUUGCAGAGCAAGACGCAGCUUGCUAGCUUUGAACGCGUGGCAAGUAUUUCUGAAAGCCUCAAGAUCAAGUUGGAGAAAAGAACAGUUUUUCCUUCAAAUUCAUCUGCUUCAACUCUUAUUCAUACUGGGAAUGGACAAUGGAAUGUUCUCUAGCUUUAUCAUGAUCAAAAACCUCCUUCUCUUUUGUAUUUCCAUGAACUUAUCCAGUCACCUUGGCUUUUCCCAGAUGCCAACCAGUUCUGUAAAAGAUCAGACCAAUGACAACAUCACCAUAUUCACCAGGAUCUUGGACGGGCUUCUGGAUGGCUAUGACAACAGACUACGGCCUGGGCUGGGAGAGCGAAUCACGCAGGUGCGGACAGACAUCUAUGUCACCAGCUUUGGCCCCGUGUCUGACACAGAAAUGGAAUACACUAUAGAUGUGUUUUUCCGACAAAGCUGGAAGGAUGAAAGGCUGCGGUUUAAGGGGCCCAUGCAGCGUCUGCCUCUCAACAAUCUCCUUGCCAGCAAAAUCUGGACUCCAGACACCUUCUUCCAUAACGGGAAGAAGUCCAUUGCACACAACAUGACCACACCCAACAAGCUGCUGAGACUGGAGGAUGACGGUACACUUCUCUACACUAUGCGUCUGACUAUCUCUGCCGAGUGCCCCAUGCAGCUUGAGGACUUCCCGAUGGAUGCCCACGCUUGCCCUCUGAAAUUUGGCAGCUAUGCAUACCCUAAUUCUGAAGUCGUCUAUGUGUGGACCAAUGGGUCCACCAAGUCUGUGGUGGUAGCAGAAGAUGGCUCCAGACUCAACCAGUACCACCUCAUGGGGCAGACAGUGGGCACUGAGAACAUCAGCACCAGCACAGGUGAAUACACCAUCAUGACUGCGCAUUUCCACCUGAAGAGGAAGAUCGGGUACUUUGUCAUCCAGACCUACCUUCCCUGCAUCAUGACAGUCAUUCUUUCCCAGGUGUCCUUUUGGUUAAAUCGAGAAUCUGUCCCAGCCAGGACAGUUUUUGGAGUGACCACAGUGCUCACCAUGACAACACUCAGCAUCAGUGCCCGGAACUCGCUGCCUAAGGUGGCCUAUGCCACGGCCAUGGACUGGUUCAUUGCUGUGUGCUAUGCCUUUGUCUUCUCUGCGCUAAUCGAAUUUGCCACAGUCAACUACUUUACUAAGAGAGGAUGGGCCUGGGAUGGCAAGAAGGCCCUGGAAGCAGCUAAGAUCAAGAAAAAAGAACGUGAACUCAUACUAAAUAAGUCAACAAAUGCUCUUUCAACGGGGAAAUUGACUCACCCUCCAAACAUCCCAAAGGAUCAGACCCCAGCAGGGACCUCAAAUACAACUUCAGCCUCGGUAAAGCCUUCUGAAGAGAAGACUUCUGAGAGCAAAAAGACUUACAACAGCAUCAGCAAGAUUGACAAAAUGUCAAGAAUUGUAUUCCCCAUCUUGUUUGGCACUUUCAACUUAGUUUACUGGGCAACAUAUUUGAAUAGGGAGCCAGUGAUAAAAGGGGCUGCCUCUCCAAAGUAAGCAGAGAACUCCCAGCCUUCCAGGAAGCCAAAUUCCCGGAGAAACAGAACCAAGGAGAGGCCUAGCUCAGAGAGACUGUGUUUGGCACUGUCUUUCAGGAAUUUUUUUUGCAUGUUUAAUAAUAUGUACAAAUAUUGCCUUGAUGUUUCUACAUGUAACUUCGGAUGUUUCAAAGAUGUUCCAUUGGUAAAUAAAGCAAACAACUUUCUUGAAAAACAGGAGGCAACGACUCCUCUGACACUCUGAUCCUCAAUAUCUUAACAUCAAUAGUACAUAAACAGGAUAAGUAUAUUUUUAACUGUUCCAAGUAUACAAUUUUUUUACAUUUUGAACAUCAUUUCAUACAGUUUUUCCCAGCGGGCAAAUAUUUUAGGAAAUGCUCCGUGGUUACUACUUAACUAUUGCAAGAAGCAAAGAUCCUGGGGAGCACAUUGUUCAUGAAGAGCAAAUUUUGGACAUUUAGGUCCAAUAUUAAUUGCCUUUGAUAAUUAUUCCUGUUCUGAAAUUAGAAAAAUACUGCAUGAACUGAUGUAAGAAAUAGAAUAGGCAAACAUUUAUGCAGACAAAUUUAAUAACAAACACGCAUAGUAUCUUAGGUUAGCAGGUCAAAUAUUUCCCCAAGGAAAAAAUGCAAGUGAUUAAAAGUUGGUUUUUUUGUUUUGUUUUUUUUUUUGAAAAUGACUUAAUUUCCCACCCCACCCCAAUUCCUCUACUGCUUUGAUAAUGGUGAAGAAGGAAAAGCAGAUGUGAAACAAGUGCUUUGAUGGACUUCUUGGCCCUUGGCAUCCUGCGCCCACCCACAGUGUCUGGGACAUUGGCCCCUGUUGCUGCUACACUUCAGUGCUGAGAAACUGUAAUUGAGUUAUUUUCCAUUUUAUCUCCUUGUACAUAUUUCAUGAUUGGAUUAUUGCUGUUAGCUUUUGUAUAUGAAUCUUAAAUGUUCAUUAAAAAAUAAAAAAAUGUGCUGAUCUUA